CGGUGCCUUUCCCGCUGGAAACACGGCAGGGCGUCUCGUCGUCGGCGUUCCAGCAAUCGCAACUAUGCGACCGCUUGGAAUGACAACAACGCGCCACCAACGCGGUAUAAAUACGCGAACGCGAUCGUUACCUUUUACGCGCUGCAGCUUUACUGCCGAAAGUGCUUUACUACAUCUUACUAGCAUGAAGGGACUGGCUGUCUUGCCACUGCUGUGUGUCGCUUCGUUCGGUGUGCGCACGGUGUGUUCGAAGUUGCUGUACAAAAAUGUGGAAACGUUCGAUUUUGGGAACGAGCUGGAGAAUCGUGACGGCGAACAGGGGAAGUCACGUGCAAAUCGUACCCAGGAACGCAUCAAUCUAACUGUACCAGGAACUAAAUGGUGUGGACCAGGUAAUACGGCCAGCGAUUAUGAGGAUCUUGGAUCGAACUCGGAAGUGGACAAGUGCUGCCGCGAUCACGAUCAUUGCGAUAAUAUACCGGCUGGAGAAUCGAAAUAUGGACUAAAGAACAACGAUUACUUCACAAGAUUGCACUGCAAGUGCGAUCGCGACUUCCAGAACUGUUUGCGGCGUGUCAAUACGACCUUCUCCAAUAAGCUGGGCAACUUUUACUUCACCGUGCGUGAUCAGUGCUACAAAAAGCAACACCCAAUAGUGGACUGUGCCGAGCAUACGAACAAAAUUUUCCUUCGACGCUGCGUGCGGUACGUGCUGGACACCUCGCGCAGUGAUAUGUGGCAAUGGUUCGAUCUUCCGUUCUACGAUGACAACGUGCUGGAUGGGUUUUAA